GAGAGCACUAUCUCCUUAACAUCAUGCGUGUAUAGGUCCAAUGCUUCUUGAUACAUUCUCUCACUGGAAGGUCUGUCGCUUGGACCUCGGCGCUCACUAGCACUACCCAUGACAAUUCUGGAGAAACUUCUAUGUCGAACGCAAUCAUCAUCAACUUUACGUUCCAGCGGAACGUCAGCGACGAGGGUCACUACUAGUGCUACUACAUCCUCAUUUCCGUGAGUACGACAGUCUCAUGCGAUAUCCUACCAUCAUAUGAAUUACACUUUCACGCCCAGGAGCUCAUCACAUAGCUCUGACUCAUAUAAGCCAACGCAGACUCCCACAAUAAUCGGAGCGGUGAUUGGUCCUGUAGUAUUCUUGCUACUACUUUCCCUAGGAAUAAUUCUUCUUCGCCGUGCGAGAAAAAUCCAAAACCGUGUCCCAUCGCCUGACCCUGUAGUCAUGCCUCGACGCAAACGAACACGGCAUUCCUCCAAAGGUGCCGAUCCGCCUGGUAAAGGAAGAGGGCAGGCGAUGUGCCGGCGGACAACAUCGGUAUCCAUGUCCUCGGAUGGGAAUGCCUUAGAGCCGUCGUUUUCGAGAAGUGUGGAUGAACGAGAGUAUCCUCAGAUUCCCUCCGAAGAGACGAUACCGCACGCGAGCACUUCAGCCUCGCCUCAGCCAAUGUCGGCGAGUGAUGAAACGGCAGAAGAGAUCUUAAGGCUGCGUACCCAGAUAGAGCAGCUCAUUAUCGAGAGAGCAUCAGUAUGGAACCCUUACAGCGAGACAGAUCCUCCUCCGGCAUACGUGGAAGCUGUUGAAGAAGAUGGCUCUGGAGAAACGUGAUUACCACUCUACACUUAAUAUUGAUAAUUAGUUCUUCGAUAUAAUUUCUUUCAGCAUAAUACUCAUUUAAUUCUUGGUUUACUGUAGUAUACCGGCACAAAGUUAUGACCUACUGGUCAAUAGAGAGUAAGGCGGUCAUAAUGGCGAAGAGAAAGAUAGGUAAAGGC